UUUUGGGAGACAUUGAUUUUUUUCCCCCGGUGCUCCCCCGUGCUUCCCUGCGGAGUGCGCUGCGCCGCCCAGCCCUGUCGCCCCCCGGAGGUGAUCCCUCCCUCCUGCCUGCCCGCCAGCCUGUCCUGUGCCUGGCUCGCGGGCCGCAGUCUCGGCCCCGGCGCGCCCCCGGCAGCUCUCGGCGCGAUGAGCAUAGAGACGCUACUGGAGGCGGCCCGCUUCCUGGAAUGGCAAGCGCAGCAACAACAGAGAGCACGUGAGGAGCAGGAGCGGCUUCGCUUGGAGCGGGAGCAGGAACAGAAGAAGGCCAGCAGUCUGGCCAGGCUGGCCCAUGCUCUGCCUGUGGAGGAACCCCGCAUCGAGGCACCACCCCUGCCUCUGUCGCCACCAGCGCCCCCACCAGCACCCCCACCGUCACUUGCCACCCCCACCCCACUGACUGUCAUUCCUAUUCCAGUAGUGACCAACUCCCCUCAGCCUCUGCCCCCACCCCCACCACUGCCCCCUGCAGCCCAGCCUCUGUCCCUGGCACCUCGCCAGCCAGCCCUGGUUAGCACCGCUGGACUAAGCAUUAAGGAGUCUGCUCCCCUGCCUACCAGGCCACAGGUGCCCACCCCUACUCCCCUACUGCCAGACUCCAAGCCCACCGGCAGCCCCAAGCCUUUGCAGCCCCUCCCUACACCCAUCCUGACCAUAGCACCACACCCUGGAGUCCAGCCCCAGCUGGCCCCCCAGCAGCCACCCCCACCCUCUCUUGGGACUCUGAAGUUGGCAUCAGCUGAAGAAGUCAAAUCCAGUGAACAGAAGAAGAGGCCUGGGGGGAUCGGAACCAGAGAAGUCCACAACAAAUUGGAGAAAAACAGGAGGGCCCAUCUGAAGGAAUGCUUUGAGACCCUGAAGCGCAAUAUCCCCAACGUGGACGACAAGAAGACAUCGAAUCUGAGCGUGCUGCGGACCGCGCUGCGGUACAUCCAGUCCCUCAAGAGGAAGGAGAAGGAAUACGAACAUGAGAUGGAGCGGCUGGCGCGGGAGAAGAUUGCCACACAGCAGCGGUUGGCAGAGCUCAAACACGAGCUGAGCCAGUGGAUGGACGUGCUAGAGAUUGACCGCGUGCUCCGGCAGACCGGCCAGCCUGAGGACGACCAGGCUUCCACCUCUACUGCCUCUGAGGGUGAGGACAACAUAGACGAGGAUAUGGAAGAGGACCAGGCGGGUCUGGGCCUACCUAAGCUGAGCCAUCGCCCCCACGUGGAGCUGCCGAAGCCACCGCCCAGCACCGCCCCUGCACCUCUGCCUUCCCACCCACACCCCCACUCCCAGCCUGUGGCUUUGUCUCCUGCCCACCUCCCUGGGCAGCAACCUCCGCCACAACAGAAGACACCUCUGCCAGCCCCUCCCCCCCCACCAGCUGCCCCUGCCCAGGCGCUGGUGCCCGCUCCGGCCCACUUGGUGGCUGCAGCUGGGGGAGGCUCCACAGUCAUCGCCCACACAGCCACGACCCACGCCUCAGUCAUCCAGACUGUGAACCACGUUCUCCAGGGGCCGGGCGGCAAGCACAUAGCCCACAUUGCCCCUUCGGCCCCCAGCCCUGCUGUGCAGCUGGCACCUGCCACACCCCCCAUUGGCCACAUCACAGUGCACCCUGCCACCCUUAACCACGUAGCCCACCUUGGCUCCCAGCUUCCCCUGUACCCUCAGCCUGUGGCGGUGAGCCAGCCCGUGGCGGUGAGCCACAUCGCCCACACCCUCUCGCACCAGCAAGUGAAUGGCACAGCCGGGCUGGGGCCCCCCACCACCGUUAUGGCAAAGCCAGCCGUCGGGGCUCAGGUGGUGCACCACCCCCAGCUGGUGGGCCAGACAGUGCUCAACCCUGUGACCAUGGUCACCAUGCCCUCCUUCCCGGUCAGCACACUCAAGCUGGCUUGAGGACGAGGCCACUCAAGAGACCCCCAGUGGGGGCAUGGAGGGGGACCUGUCCCCAUACUCUCCCACCAGCUCCACACAUUCC